CUCACAGUSAUGGCCUAUGACCGCUUUGUGGCCAUCUGCAGACCUCUGCACUAUGGGACGCUGCUAGGCCGCAGAGCUUGUGUCCAAAUGGCAGCAGCUGCCUGGGCCAGUGGCUUUCUCAAUGCUCUCCUGCAGACUGGGAACACAUUUUCCAUUCCACUCUGUGAAGGCAAUGAGGUGGAUCAGUUCUUCUGUGAGAUCCCGCAGAUCGUCAAGCUCUCCUGCUCACACUCCUACCUCAGAGAAGUCGGGGUUUCUAUGCUUACUGCCUAUAUAGCCUUGGGUUGUUUCAUUUUCAUUGUGGUGUCCUACGUGCAGAUCUUGAGAGCUGUGCUGAGGAUGCCCUCUGAGCAGGGCCGCCACAAAGCCUUUUCCAUGUGCCUCCCGCACCUGGCCGUGGUCUCCAUCUUUAUCAGCACUGGAUAUUUUGCCUACCUGAAGCCGCCCUCCAUCUCCUCCCCACUUCUGGAUCUAGUGGUGGCUGUUCUAUAUUCGGUGGUGCCUCCAGCACUGAAUCCCCUUAUUUACAGCAUGAGGAAUAAGGAGCUCCAUAUUGGCAUUGAAGAAACUGAUUUCUUGUAUAUUUUUCAGCCAUGGUAA